GUACCCGUAUAAAAGAGGGGUAAGCAUAAGGACCUUUUCCAAACUUUUCGUUAUAAUAUUUCCUACCUCCAUCCAUUCAUUCAAGAUAUGGUGGAACCACCCAAACAAGAUAUGGUGCCGUAGACUGGGAGAAUGGACGAGGGUUGGAGGAAUCUAGAGCAUUAAUAUUACUAAAAGCUGUGUGAGGGAGUUCCAAAGGGGAGACAAUGGACUACAUGAAUGGGCCAGGAAGGAACCAUCUUUUUGUUCCAGGACCUGUCAAUAUCCCGGAACAAGUUAUCCGUGCAAUGAACAGAAACAAUGAGGACUAUCGCUCGUCUGCCAUUCCUGCACUGACAAAGACUCUACUCCAAGAUGUGAAAAAGAUUUUUAAGACUACCAGUGGGACUCCAUUCCUGAUCCCAACUACAGGGACUGGAGCUUGGGAAAGUGCACUUACAAACACUCUGUCUCCUGGUGAUCGGAUUGUGUCUUUCCUCAUCGGGCAGUUCAGUUUGUUGUGGAUUGAUCAGCAGCAGCGUCUCAAUUUCAAUGUCGAUGUGGUCGAGAGUGAAUGGGGACAGGGGGCAAAUCUUGAUAUUUUGGGAUCAAAGAUGGCUGCAGAUACAGCACAUUCCAUCAAGGCUGUUUGCAUUGUACACAAUGAGACUACAACCGGAGUUACAAACAACUUGGCUAUGGUUCGAAAAUUGCUUGAUCACUAUCACCAUCCAGCUCUCCUUCUUGUGGAUGGCGUGUCCUCCGUUUGUGCAAUUGAUUUCCGGAUGGAUGAAUGGGGUGUUGAUGUGGCAUUAACUGGGUCACAGAAAGCUCUGUCACUUCCUACUGGGAUAGGAAUUGUCUGUGCUAGCCCUAAGGCUCUUGAGGCCUCCAAAACUGCAAAGUCGGUCAAAGUUUUCUUUGACUGGAAGGACUACUUGAAGUUCUACAAGUUAGGGACUUAUUGGCCAUAUACUCCUUCCGUUCAACUUCUUUAUGGGCUGAGAGCAGCUCUAGACCUUAUCUUUGAGGAAGGACUUGACAAUGUGAUAGCAAGGCACAAACGCCUGGCUACCGCAACUAGGUUGGCAGUGAAGGCUUGGGGCUUGAAGAACUGCUCCCAGAAGGAAGAAUGGUUCAGUGACACAGUCACCGCUGUAAUUGUUCCUUCAACUAUUGAUACUACAGAAAUCAUCAAAAGGGCAUGGAAACGAUACAACCUAAGCUUAGGUCUAGGACUCAACAAAGUUGCUGGAAAGGUCUUUAGAAUAGGGCAUCUUGGUCAUUUGAAUGAGGUAAUUGAGCACUACUUUGGAAUUUUGGUACAAGCUAGUAUUCCUGUCAAAUUUCACCUGAAUAUCAAAAUUCAAAGUUGCAGUUACUGGGGUGUCUUGCUGGAGUGGAGAUGGUACUAAAGGAUGUUGGUUACCCAGUGAAUCUUGGCAGUGGAGUAGCAGCAGCUUCUUCUUACCUGCAGAGCACCACUCCCAUGAUUCCAUCUAGAAUUUAACUCAAGUGUGUUGUAUAUUUGUUUCUUCAUCUUCCUUACUACGCUCAUGCAAUAUUACAUUCUCCCUGCACUAUGAGAAGCACUUGUUCCUGUGGAGUCACUGUGGUGUAGUGGUAAAUGGUAAAACACCUCCUGCUUGGAGGUGUACAUUUACUUUCAUAAGGGAAAAAACUCUCGUUUAUUCUCACCAAAUUAUUUUACACCUAUCUAGGGAACAACAUUACUAUAAAUAUAUGAAGCAGCCAACUUGACUAACCGG